UUCCCCGACGUCAUCUCCUACAGCCGCCAUCUUGGCCGGUACCACGCGGGAUUUUGUACAAUUUACGCUUAUCUCAAGGGUCUAGGACCACUCAGAGCAUAUUUAAGCUGAUAGACAAAUAAAUAAUCAUGGAUCCGAGAAAACAGCAACUUCCACCAAAGGAAAAUGCUCUAUUUAAACGAAUUCUGAAAUGCUAUGAGCAGAAACAGUACAAAAAUGGAUUGAAAUUUGCAAAGCAAAUCCUGGCAAAUUUCUCGGAUCAUGGAGAAACUCUUGCUAUGAAGGGACUUAUAUUGAACUGCCUGGGGCGAAAAGAAGAUGCCUACAACUUUGUGAGACAAGGCCUCCGCAACAAUUUGAAGAGUCAUGUAUGUUGGCAUGUUUUUGGGUUACUGCAACGAUCCGACAAGAAGUACGAUGAAGCUAUCAAGUGUUACCGAAAUGCUCUCAAAUGGGACAAGGACAAUCUGCAGAUAUUGCGUGAUCUCUCCUUGCUUCAGAUUCAAAUGAGAGAUCUUGAUGGCUACAAGGAAACUCGGUAUAAAUUAUUUGAACUCCGACCCACACAACGUGCUUCAUGGAUUGGUUAUGCUAUGUCCUUCCACCUUUUACAAGAUUAUGACACAGCAUUGAAAAUCCUUGAAGAAUUUAGGAAAACCAUCCAGAAAACUACUUAUGACUAUGAAUACAGUGAACUCUUGCUGUACCAGAAUCUUGUUAUAAGAGAGAGCAAGAAUUUACGUGAAGCAUUAAAGCAUCUCAAUACAUAUGAAGCCAACAUUUGUGAUAAAGUCACUCUCCAAGAGCUUAGAGGAGAAUUAUUAAUGAAAUUAGGAAGAAAAGAAGAAGCGUCAGAAGUCUACAGAGGUUUAAUCAAACGUAAUCCAGAAAACCGCAACUACUACCUCAAGUUAGAGGAGGCCUUCGGCCUUACUACAGUUGAAGAAAGACUAAAAUUAUAUGAAGAACUCAAAGAGAAGUUCCCCCGUGCUCAAGUGCCUAAGCGUUUGCCCCUCAAUUAUGCUAGAGGUGAAGUGCUGGACUCUUUGUUAGAUGUAUACCUAAGAGCAGCAUUACAGAAAGGUGUCCCUCCACUCUUCACUGAUAUCCGGUCGUUAUACAGUGAUCCCGAGAAAAUCCAGAUUGUUGAAAAGCUCAUGUAUGGCUACCUGAAAAACUUGGAGGAAACGGGACACUUGUGUGAAACGGAUAAUGAGUACAAGGAACCAGCCUCAAUCUUAUAUGUAUUGAUGUUCUUGGCACAACAUCACAGUUACUUAGGAGACACAGAAAAGGCACUUGCACUCAUGGAGCAGGCAUUAGAGCACACUCCAACCCUUAUAGAACUCUAUAUUGUAAAGGGUAAAAUAUUAAAGCAUGCUGGUGACUAUGUAGGUGCGUAUGAGGCCUUACAAGAAGCCCAGGCACUUGACACAGCUGACCGAUACGUCAAUUCCAAAGCAGCAUCAUACCUUCUUAAAGCAAAUUUAGUCAGACAAGCAGAAGAAAUGUGCUCCAAGUUUACUAGAGAGGGUGUGUCAGCAAUGGGAAACUUGAAUGAAAUGCAGUGCAUGUGGUUCCAAACCGAAUGUGCGCAAGCGUACUACCGCCUUGGCCAAUAUGGAGAUGCUCUUAGGAAAUGUCAUGAAGUUGAUAGGCAUUUUACCGAGAUCAUAGAAGACCAAUUUGAUUUCCAUACGUAUUGCAUGAGGAAGAUGACUUUACGUUCCUAUGUUGAACUCCUUAGACUAGAAGAUGUUUUAAGGAGUAACCGAUUCUAUUGGGAUGCAGCACAGACAGCAAUCACUAUUUACCUCAGGUUACAUGACCAACCUUUGUCAGCAAACACUGGGGAGAACAACAUCAAUACUGGUGAGUGUUAAUUUUAUUAUCUUAUUUGUACACUACCUGUAGUAUUGAUGAUAGUGGUGAGAAUUAGAA